GUCCGCGGUUAUGAAUUAGUGAGUGAACAUUGUGUUCAAUUAUUUUCAAAUAUAGUUUAGUUCAGUACAAUUAAAUAAAACUUAGUAAAUAUCAUUGAAAUGCAGUACCACCACGUCGUAGCGCUAAGUGCCGUCAGUCUCAUUCUGUUCUCUACGGGAGCAGGUGGUGAUAUAAUAGAUGCCUUGACCGGCUUCGUCCACGACGUAUCGGACUCUUUCUCCAGCGAACCUCCAGAUACAAAGUUUCUUAAUGCAGAAUACGACUUCAUCAUAAUUGGUGCAGGCACAGCCGGCUGCGUGCUCGCCAAUCGACUGACAGAAGUUAAAAAGUUCAAGGUAUUGCUGAUCGAGGCUGGAGGGCCGGAGCUCUCGUUUAUGGACAUCCCAUUGCUUGCGACCCUGCUGCAGCUCACGGAAGCAAACUGGAACUAUCGCACUGAACCGCAGGAGGCCGGUUGCAAGGGCAUGGAAGACGGACGUUGCCACUGGCCCAGAGGAAAAGUCGUUGGAGGAUCAUCCGUCCUGCACUCCAUGAUUUAUACGAGAGGGAAUAGAAAAGAUUACGACGGCUGGGCAGCCGCAGGCAAUCCAGGAUGGGAGUACGAUAGUGUGAUGAAAUAUUUUAAGAAACUGGAAAAUAUGCAAAUUCCUCAUCUCGCUAAAAAUACAAAAUAUCAUUCUACUAAAGGUCCAAUGACAAUUCAAUAUCCUAGGUACAGAACACCUAUCGCGGAUGCAUUUGUACAAGCUGGAACAGAAACUGGUGGAAAGACUGUCGAUUAUAACGGUGAAACACAAAUCGGAUACUCCAUGAUUCAAUUCACUUUAAAAAAUGGCUCAAGAGUCAGUGCAAGUAAAGGUUAUUUGCACCCAAUAAAAAAACGCAAGAACUUUCAUUUAGUGAAAUUUGCAAUGGUGACUAAAAUCCUUAUCGACAAAUGGACCAAAAAGGCUUUAGGUGUCGAAUUUGAAAGAGCUGGAGCAAAACACAUCAUCAAAGCACGAAGAGAAGUUAUUUUGUCCGCUGGAGCUAUAAACUCUCCACAACUUUUGAUGAUAAGUGGCAUUGGUCCAAAAGAACAUUUGAUGGAAAAAAAUAUAACUACAAUCAGGAAUUUACCAGUUGGAUAUAAUCUUCAGGAUCAUUGGGCGUCAGGCGGGAUCACUUUUGUCAUCAACACAACCGAUUCUAUACGGGGUGAGAGAGCUCUAAACCCGGAGAGUGUUUUGGAAUACUACACCACCCACUCUGGUCCAUUAUCUGCGCCAACUGGAACGGAAGCCCUUGCGUUUAUCGACACAAAAGAUCCCGACAACAAGGACGAUGGACAACCAGAUUUGGAGCUAUUAUUUACUGCUGGAUCGACGGUGUCUUCUGUAUACUAUCAAAAGGCUUUUAUGAUAGAUAGCAAAUUAAAUGAUAUUGUUUAUAAGCCUAUAGCUGAUAGGGACACGUGGAUGGUAUUACCAAUGAUCCUACUUCCAAAAUCUAGAGGACGAAUCAUGUUACAAGACAAAGAUCCUUAUGUUAAACCAUUGAUUUAUGCCAACUAUUUUUCGGAUGGUGGACAUGAUGCAAAUGUGGUUUUGAAAGGAAUAAGAAAGAUAAUUCAGCUAUCACGUACCAAAGCCUUGCAGAGGUUUAAUAGCACGUUACACGACAUACCCUUACCGCCUUGCGCUCAUCACAAAUUCGAUUCCGAUGCAUAUUGGCUAUGUGCAAUGAAAACGUUGACACUUACCAUAUAUCAUCACUGUUGUACAAAUAAAAUGGGCCCGGAGACGGAUCCGAGCGCAGUAGUGGACUCGCGUUUAAGAGUUCAUGGUAUAGAUAAGCUGAGAGUCGUGGACGCUAGCGUCAUGCCGAAUAUACCAGCUGCACAUACAAAUGCUCCAACGUUAAUGUUAGCUGAGAAAGCGGCAGAUAUGAUCAAAGAAGACUGGGGUAUACCAGUAUAGUAAAUAUGUUACAUUAUAUGAAACCAAAACCUUUACAUCACUAAAUAGCCAUCAGUCAUGACAUAUGACACAGAUCAUCUCGAACGAUUGAGUCUAAACAUUUAAGAAAUAUUGAAAUUCAAGUAAUGUGAACUUUCAAUUGUAGAUAAACUUAAGUUAUUGAAAUAAA